AUGAUCUGCUUAAGGUUGCGAAGAAUUCAAUCAUGUGUUCAUAUUGUUGUAUCCACAACCUGCACAUAUUCAUGCUCACAUCUUUGUGAUAUAUGUGUUCCAUUUGAAUGUUUAGAGGCCUCUCAACAAACUGUGAAGAGCACAAGGUCAAAGGUCACCCCAGAGAGAGUGGCCCUGUUGGUUCUCAGUGCUCUUCUGGCUGCUGCUGUUGUUGCCCUCUGUGUUACCAAAAGAGACUCUGAAACAAAACCAUGCAGCACGGUGCAGCCUACAUGUCCACAACCUCCUGAAGUUACAGGUGAUCCAUGUUCUAAAUGUGAAGAAGGCUGGGAGCAACAUGGAGGAAAGUGCUAUUACUUCUCUACCAAUAAAUCAUCCUGGAACGAGAGCAGAGAUGAGUGUAGAGCUAAAGGAGGAGACCUGGUUAAGAUAGAGAGCAGAGAGGAGCAGGAAUUCCUGGGGAAAAAAGUGAGAGGCAUGAUGACGGAUCAUGAAGACAAGUUCUGGAUCGGACUGACAGACUCAGCAGAGCAGGGCAGAUGGUUGUGGGUGGACGGAUCACCACUGAACAAAAGUUUAUCUUAUUGGAACGACAAUGAGCCGGACAACUGGCCCGAGGACGACUGUGUAAUGAUGGGUGAUAAAGGUGAUCAUAACCUGAAGAGUUGGUCUGAUACAUCCUGCAAAGUGUCUCACAGAAGUAUUUGUGAGAAACCAGCAGCAAAAGGACAGAAUAAAACUGUAUGUGAAAUUCAGCUGUAAAACUAC